AUGUCCUCCCCAACCCUAACUCUCUCUUCUCCUCUCCCCUCAACGCUCCUCCCUCCCGCGGCGCGUGCCGCUCUCCCACCGCCUGCCGAACCUCUCGCCGUCGAGCGGCCCAGCAGUGCCGCGGAUCCCCCGACCGCCGGUCUCGUCCUUCCCAGCUGGGCCACCGCCCCACCCGUUGAUCCAGCCAUCCGUCGCGGGCCUCCGGCCGGCCGUCACAACCACCAGUCUCGUGGCGGCCAGAUCCCCAACGUCGCGUCGCUCUCCAAGUGCCGCCUACGCCUCCUCAAGCUCGAGCGGGUCAAGGACUACCUCCUCAUGGAGGAGGAGUUCGUUGCUGCGCAGGAGCGACUCCGCCCCCAGGAGGACAAGGCCGAGGAGGACCGAUCCAAGGAAGCCUCGGUCCUGCCCCCAAGGAACCGGGAGAUGGGUGUGUUUGAACUCAAGAUCAACCAUUUAGUACUGGAUUGCGCAUAUUGCCAACAACCCCUCCGGCCUGACCAGAUCAGGGGCCAAGCGUACACGUGCGCUGGCGGCCACAUCUAUUGUGGUGCCUGCACCCGCCGACACGAAAAGGCAUGUAUCUCCAACUGCCGUUUGCUGGACCGCACCAUCGCUCAGAUGAAGUUCAAAUGCAUCUUCUGCGACUCUGGGGGCGAAUACAUCCCCUACUGCAAGUUUUUUGAACACAGGUGCAACACCGACGUCGUCGAUCCCAAGCUUCCGGAACAGCAGAUGGAGUUCGCGUUUUACGGGGGCGGCUGCAUCAAGACAAGUCUACUUGUCUGCUCUGAAUGCGAGCUUCCUCUCCGACCUCCUAUUUUCAGGCAUAUCUCUGGUGACGUUCUCAUUUGUAGCCCCUGCUACCGUGGGGAUAUCGUCAACUAUGUUCGCUGCAGUGAGCUCGACUACCUCGUCCAAGGUAUCAUGGUGAAAUGCGUGGCUUGCGAAGAAUACAUUCCAUUCUCCACCUUGGCUUCGCACCAGCUGCGGGAGUGCCCAUCCAAGCAUAAAUUGCAAAAGAUUGCGCCAGGCUCAAGUGCUCGGAAAAACUUGUGUGAUGAAGAGGAAACUGAGAGACUUUCAACGUGCAGCAGUUGUAUCCAGGGAAAAAACAAGCAAAAGGCUCCUUAUGAGGUUGGUAAAAUGGACAAGCACAUUGUUCGUGGUGACGAGGUUGGGAAUGAUGAUGACUCAUUGGAUGACAACCAUGCUGAGAGUGGCUGAAAACGCGCAGAAAACAGCACCUACUGCAGCCCAGGCUAGCACGUCGACAUGUCGAUGCCUACCCAUCACGGCUCCCUUGAAGCCACCUCUACCUCAUCGCCCAGUCACCCGUCUCUUCCAA